ACCCACCCACAAACAAGCAUACGAACCGGGUCUGCCGCCCCCGGUUCAUCUCUCUCUCUCUCUCUCUCUCUCUCCUUGCGAAAAUCUCUUCAAUACCCAUGGUUCUAUGCAACAAAACCAAACUCACAUCCUCUUUCUCUCUGUCUCGCUGACCUCCUUCUCUCUUGUCUCGAGAGGCAACAACAAUGCUUCUGCUUUUUUUACUUCUUCUUUCUCCUUCUCUGGUUGUCUCUCUGAAUCAGGAAGGUCUGUAUCUUCAACAAGUCAAACUCGGCUUCGACGACCCGGAUGGCGCCCUUUCCGACUGGAACGAUAGACACGACACUCCCUGUGAAUGGAGCGGCAUCAAAUGCGACUCAGAAACUCAUUCAGUCACCUCAGUCGACCUCUCCAACGCCAACAUCUUCGGUCCUUUCCCUACUAUCAUCUGCCGUCUCCCCAACCUGACUAACCUCUCCCUCUCCAACAACUCCAUCAACUCCUCUCUCCCCGGUGACAUCUCCGCCUGUCAGAAACUGCAGCAUCUGGACCUCUCGGAGAACUACCUUGUGGGUCCAAUCCCGUCCACGCUUGCUAACAUUACAACUCUCCGUAGCCUCGUCCUGAGCGGAAACAAUUUCUCCGGCGAUAUUCCGGAGAGCUUUGGACGAUUCCAGAGACUUGAGGAGCUGGUUCUCAUCGGGAAUCUCCUCAAUGGCACCAUACCUUCAGUUCUUGUAAAUAUUUCCACUCUUAGAGUGCUUAAUGUGGCUUACAACCCGUUUACACCCAGUCAAAUUCCGUCAGACAUCGGUAAUUUGACAAACCUGGAAGUUCUCUGGCUUACUCAGUCUAAUCUCGUGAGUCAGAUUCCGGACUCCCUCGGUCAGCUUAAACGUCUAAUAAACUUGGACUUGGCGGAGAACAAUCUCGACGGUCCAAUUCCGAAAUCGAUUACUGAGCUUUCGAGUAUUGAACAAAUAGAGCUUUAUAGCAACUCCUUGUCAGGUUCCCUGCCGGAGGGGAUGUCGAAGAUGACCGCGUUACUUAGAUUCGAUGCCGCCAUGAACCAUUUGGAGGGAACGAUUCCGGAUGAGCUGUGUAGCUUGCCGCUCGAGUCACUGAAUUUGUAUGAGAACCGUUUGGUGGGAACCGUUCCGGCAGGUAUUGCUCUGUCGCCGAAACUGUAUGAGCUCAAACUUUUUAAUAACCGGCUUACCGGAGAAUUGCCCAAGGAUCUCGGAAAGAAUUCCAAGUUGGUAACCUUCGAUGCUUCGCAGAAUAACUUUUCCGGUGAAAUUCCAGCGAACUUGUGUGCCAUGGGGGCGCUAGAACAGCUCCUGUUGAUCCAGAAUUCGUUAUCCGGAAAAAUUCCAGAGAGCCUUGGUCAAUGCCAAAGCUUGCGUAGAGUUCGUUUGUCGAAUAACAAGUUAUCCGGUGAAGUUCCGGCGGCGUUUUGGGGUCUACCUCAUGUCUCUUUGCUUGAGCUUGCUGAAAAUGCCUUUUCUGGUAGCAUCUCUAAGACGAUCUCCGGUGCUUCUAAUCUUUCACUUCUGCUCAUAUCAGACAAUCAGUUCACUGGAAACAUACCGGAAGAGAUUGGAUCGUUGGGGAAUCUUGUUGAGUUUUCUGGUGGAUAUAAUCUACUUUCCGGAAGUCUACCUGCGACGUUGGUGAAGCUGAGUGAGCUGAGCACGCUCGAUCUUCACAAUAACAAACUAUCAGGUGAGCUUCCAUCUGGAAUCCAGUCAAUGAAGAAGCUCAGUGAGCUGAACCUCUCUAACAAUGGGCUUUCCGGAGAAAUUCCAAAGGAACUUGGGAGCCUACUGGUGCUUAAUUACCUCGAUCUCUCCGGAAAUCAUUUCUCGGGUGAGAUCCCACUUGAGUUACAGAACUUGAGGCUUAAUCGAUUCAAUUUUUCUAACAACCAACUCUCCGGUGAUCUUCCCCCUCUCUAUGCCAAAGAAGCGUACAAAGAUAGCUUCCUUGGCAAUCCUGGUUUGUGCGACGAUCUGGAAGGUCUGUGCCCGAGACAAAGUGGGGAUAAAAACCAGGGUUUUAUGUGGCUGCUGAGGUCAAUCUUUAUACUUGCUGCUCUGGUUUUUGUUGUUGGGGUUGCCUGGUUUUUCUGGAAGUACAAAAAUUACAGGAAAGCAAAGAAUACCAUUGAUAAAUCAAAGUGGACGUUGACGUCCUUCCACAAACUGGGCUUCAGUGAAUAUGAGAUAUUGGAUUGCCUAGAUGAAGAUAACGUGAUUGGCAGUGGAGCUUCUGGGAAGGUCUACAAGGCUGUACUCAGCAAUGGGGAGAUAGUUGCUGUGAAGAAGCUUUGGGGUGGAUCGAAGAAAGAAGAUGAUAGUUGCGAUGCUGAGAAAGGUCGGAUGACGGAUGAUGCGUUUGAGGCUGAAGUUGAGACUCUCGGAAAGAUCAGGCACAAGAACAUUGUCAAAUUAUGGUGCAGCUGCACAACCCGGGAUUGCAAGCUUCUGGUGUAUGAAUACAUGCCCAACGGGAGCUUGGGAGACUUGCUGCACAGUAGUAAGGGAGGCUUGUUGGAUUGGCCGACAAGAUACAAGAUUGCCGUGGAUGCUGCCGAAGGCCUUUCUUAUCUUCAUCACGACUGUGUUCCUCCAAUUGUUCACCGAGAUGUCAAAUCAAACAACAUCUUGUUGGACAGGGAGUUUGGGGCUCGAGUGGCAGAUUUUGGAGUUGCCAAGGUUGUGGACAUGGUAGAGAAAGGACCCAAGUCCAUGUCUGUGAUUGCUGGUUCUUGCGGCUACAUUGCUCCAGAAUAUGCAUACACGCUUCGUGUGAACGAGAAGAGCGACAUAUACAGCUUUGGAGUGGUUAUUCUAGAGUUGGUUACAGGGAGACUCCCAGUUGAUCCUGAGUUUGGGGAGAAGGAUUUGGUGAAGUGGGUUUGCACCACGAUGGAUCAGAAAGGAGUUGAACAUGUAAUUGAUCCGAAAGUUGACCUCUGUUUCAAGGAAGAGAUUUCUAAGGUCCUUAGUAUUGGUCUCCUUUGCACUAGCCAUCUCCCCAUUAACCGACCCUCAAUGCGAAGAGUGGUGAAGAUGCUGCAGGAAGUGAGUGCAGAGAACAAGCCCAAGACUGGAAAGAAGGAUGGAAAGCUAUCUCCUUAUUACUAUGAAGAUAUCUCCGAUCAUGGAAGUGUAGUUUGACAACUUAUUAGAGAAAGGUUUUGUAUGGACAAUGUCCCAGGGAAAAGCGAGUAAGAAAGCUGCUUUUCUUCUUGUUUCUAUACUAAUUUCUAAGCUCCUCCUGCUGUUUGUUUCAUGGGGAGGGAAAGGACUCAGAGAGAGAGAGAUAGAGAGAGAGAGAGAGAGAGGAGCAAAGGAGUUGGUGGUGCGGUUUGUAUAAUUCCUACUGUAAAUUAAUUAACCCCCUCAAAGUUUUCAGUGACAGGCUUUGAGAAAGCUAGUAAUGGUAACUUGGUAAGACGUCCUAGCAAAAGAAGGGGAGGACUGGUUUCUUGUUAAUCUUUUGGGAUGCAUUUGUGGUUGUAUUAGUAAUUGCAGUUAGUACUACUUGUAAGACUUGAACAAACAUCUGCAUGGUUUGUCUUUUCUUCUCUCAAACGAAAUUACAAGGAAGAUUAAAUGCUCUGUC